CUGUGCCAAUUUACUCCUCGGCUCCAGUGACACAGAGAGGAGAGCUGUGGAAGUGAUAUUUCAACAACCGUGUGACCGAAAGGGAGAAAACGUGUCCUGGCACGUGAGGCAUUUGCAAACAAAGGCUGAGCAACUGAUGAACGGUAGACACCAUGGAGAGAGAAAUGUAGCCGGUGCUUCAGUUGCGAGAGCCGCUGUGCUGGGGUCCUUGUCUUCUUCAUCUGUGGCAAGGAUGUGAGAUCGUUGGUGUGACAACAAAGGCGUUAUCCAUCUACAGUCCUAUCACCUAAACUAAAGCUCCUGUGACCGUGAGGAUUAUGAGGCCGACUUUAGUGCUUCUACAGUCACAGUGUCUCCUGUGUGUGUUGGUUGGUGUAAGUGGGCCCGGCGUUGUGGCUUCGCUACCUCACACACUACCAUGGCACGUCUCCUGCCCAGUGAGGUGUAUGUGUCAGAUCAAGCCGUGGUUCUCCCCUGAUUCUGUCUACCACGAAGCUCCCACUGUGGACUGCAACGACCUGCUCCUGACCAGGCUCCCCUUACCCAUACCCCCAAACACACACACCCUGCGCCUGCAAAGUAACCUUCUGUCCAGGCUCGACACUGUGGUGCUGCACGGACUUGACAAUCUCACCGACCUCGACCUUUCCCAGAAUCGUUUCAGCCGUGUCGAGACAAUCACUCAGAGCUCCCCCCUGUCCUCUCUACUGUCGCUCCACCUGGAGGAAAACCAUCUCAGUCAACUCCCUGCAGCUUCAUUCUCAUCAUUUCCAGCUCUGCAGGAGCUCUUUCUCAGUCAUAACAACUUACACGUGAUAGCACCUGGAGCCUUCACCGGUCUGGACUCCCUACUGCGUCUGCAUAUCAACAACAAUAGACUCAUCACUGUUGACCCUCGGUGGUUCAGGCCUUUGCCUCUCUUGGAAGUUCUCAUGCUUGGCGGAAACCCUGUGGAGGCCCUGCCUGAGCGGGGUUUCCUGGCCCUGAAAUCACUCCGCAGUCUUGUCCUUGGUGGUAUGGGCCUUAGAGGCUUGGCUGAAAAAGCACUGGAAGGGUUGGAUGGCUUAGAGAGCCUCUCCUUUUACAAUAACCUGCUGACAAAGGUUCCCACUCAGGCCCUGAUGAGAGUGCCAGGAUUGAAGUUUCUCGAUCUCAACAAGAACCGCCUCAAACUCAUCGAGACAGGGGCCUUCCGAGACAUGGUCCACCUGAACGAGCUCGGCCUGAACAACAUGGAGGAGCUAGUGUCCAUUGAGAUAGCCGCCCUGGAAAACCUUCCGGAGCUGACGAAGCUUGAGAUCACCAACAACCCGCGCCUGUCCUACAUUCAUCCUCAAGCUUUCAUCCAGCUCCCUCGGCUCGAGAGUCUAAUGCUCAACUCCAACUCUCUGAGCGCGCUGCACCAGCACAUCAUGCUUUCCCUGCCGAGUCUUCAGGAGGUCAGCUUACACUCCAACCCACUGCGCUGUGACUGCUUGUUUCACUGGGCUGCAGAGGAGGCCUCUCGCCCUCGAAGUGAAGACGCACGAACACCUCGAAUGGUGCGUUUCAUCCAACCCCAGGCCACUCUGUGCUCUGAGCCGCCAGAGCUGAGGGCUCGUAGGGUGCGGGAGGUGUCAUCCAGGGAGAUGUCGGCCUCAUGCCUCCCAAUGAUCCCUACCAGCUCCCUCCCUUCGUACGUUGGGGUGAGAGAAGGAGGGAAACUGAUCUUGCACUGCAGAGCUCUUGCAGAUCCACAGCCUGAAGUGUACUGGGUGACUCCCUCCGGGCUGAGACUUGGUCCUGCACCGAGCCAUGCAGCCAAAGUCUUACCAGCUCCCGCUCCCUGCCACAGCCUGCACUCAUCCAGCGUCUCUCCCAGCCAACCUCGAGAUGAUGCUCCCUGUAAUCCCUCUAAACUCUACCGUCUGUUGCCCGAGGGAACUCUGGAAAUGAACACGGUCACCUCCAGCGACGCAGGAUUGUACACUUGUGUAGCUGAAAAUGCACUGGGAGCAGAUACACACAGCGUUACUGUGGGUGUGCAUAGCAGAGAAAACAAAAAAAAGAGGGGAAUGCGGUCUAAUAAGAAGGGAUAUAAGCUAUUCAGCAACGAUGCCGGAUUUGAGGUGAGGGAGGUUGGACAACACUAUGCCAUCCUGUCAUGGCUGAGCGGGCAAAAUCUCCCUUCAACUCGUCUGUCCUGGCAAGCCAUAUACUCAAACGCACACACGCCAACAUACAGCACACGCAUCCUGGCUGGUACCCAGAGCUUCAACCUGACCCACCUGCAGGCAGAGACCUUUCACAGAGCGUGUCUACAUUCAGGGACCGGUGAGGAAGCCACGCGUGUCACCAAGAGAUCCGGAGACAGCAGAACGCCUCAGUGCGUUUCAUUCAGGACGAAGGACGUUCCGGUGCCUCGGCCCAGCUUGCUGCUGAGUCCAGAGCUGACCUCCACAGCAGUCACACUACUGCUGCUCGCUAUCAUACUGCUGCUGCUGGCAGGCCAGGGCUGGGACAAUGAGCAAGGAGCACACCACAGUACCGUCCUGCAGAAAAUCAAAAGUCCCAAGUCUCCAAUCAUCAUCGUCAAUCAAAAGACAGGAGGCACCUUGGCCGAAGCAAAGUGAAGAACUGCUUUAACAUCAGGACUGCUGCAAUGAUAAAUAAAAACAAAAAACACUCAGACAAAUGUAUACAAAAUGUCAAUUACAGCCUAAACGUUGAACUUUGAGCUAGAAGAGAGCAGUCAUAGAUGGUGCAGAGAGAUUUGUAUUUAUUUUAUAUGAAGUAAAAAGUAUAUAUUGACAUUGUUUGUGUGUUAAUAUGUGAUGUAAAGAACGCUUCCAGAACUCUAACCACAAAAAAUGAAGGUGGACAAUCAUAAGCCUUCUGCACAGUGAGCAAACGCAGAAGAAACAAUGAGUCUGAGGUGCUGAUAACUACUGGACUGAAAUGAAAGGCAACACGAUUCAAUCCAGGGACAGAUAUUUACAGAGGAGAGCGGCUCAGCCCUGCAGGGUAUUCGUCAUGUUUUCUGUUUACAUGUUCCACAGAAUGAACCAUUCUUUCUCUGAGCAGAUGAAACUCUGUCCGUGUGAAGACUGAUCCGGAAUAAAAUGAUUGCAUUGAUGUGAACCUUUUUGCUUCAGUACCUUGGACUGGGUAGCUUGUCUUAAAGUACAUCAUACAGUUUGCUCAUCCUGAGUCCGCACCUAACAAGCCCAGUCUUCUCUAAGCAUAACAGUGAUCUAAAAGUAAAAGUGUUGAAUUCUUUUUUGAGCUAUUAUUCAAUAAAGUCUUUUUACAAUGUAA